GCGAACGUGCGCGGAUCUACAACGUUGUAAUAUAUGUUACUGCCAAGUGCCACUGGCGGUGCGAGGAAACAAGUUGUGUGCAAUCUGAAUAGUAUUUGUUUUUCCGUUUGAACUUGACGUUCCCGGAGGGCUGCAAUUGUGAAACCAAAUCUGGAAUCAAGUGCGUCGAAAUAAAGGAUUGAAGACAACAAGCGUGAACUGGUGAUUUUGGGUGCAAUAAAAAAGAAGUGGUGGGGGUGACUGAAAAGUGUGAAAAGUUGUGUGAGAAAUUGAAAAACAUAUUUCUGUAUUUAAAGUGUUUGAAGCAAAUUAGUUUUGGUGACUCUGGAUAGUACACAAAAUAUUGCCUGUUGUAAAUUCUUGCUUGAUGCGAAUCAAUCGUUUGAAACAGAUUUGGUGAGAGGAACUGAGGAUCGGUUCCGGCACAGAUCACAAUGCAAGGACAGGAUAAUAACUGUUUUGUGAACGACAGCCCUUCUAUACCGGGACAGUUCCGAUGGAAUAAAGUAAUUGGUAACUCAGAAAAUGAUGGAACCGCAAAAGAGUGGAAAAAUUCCAGAGAUAGUGUUUCGAUAGAAUCUCAGGUAGUGACCAGCGAUUCGACAGUCUCAUUGGAUAACAGCAAAGGCCGCGAUCAGUGGGGUAAAGGCAUCGAAUUCCUGAUGUCCUGCAUCGCGAUGUCCGUUGGACUUGGCAAUGUUUGGCGAUUUCCGUUUAUCGCUCUGGAAAACGGAGGCGGCGCUUUUGUCAUUCCCUACAUUAUAGUUUUGCUAUUGGUCGGUAAACCUGUUUACUACAUGGAGAUGAUCAUCGGUCAAUUCUCCAGCCGGGGAAGUGUCAAAAUCUACGACUGCGCUCCCAUUAUGAGAGGCGUCGGCUAUGGGCAGAUUAUCUCGGUCGCGAUUGUCUCCACGUACUAUUCGUCGCUGAUGGCAACCACGCUGAGGUAUCUUUUCGAUUCCUUUCGAAGUAUACUUCCGUGGGCUGUCUGCGACGAAAGUUGGGGGAGUUUCUGCAUUCCUUCGGACAGUACUGCUAGACUCGAUUUACCCAACUCAGCGAUGAUAAAUGCUUCGAUGAAUUCCCCAUUAGUAGAGAAGAGUUCCUCAGCUGAGUUGUACUAUAAGCGUGUUGUGCUCAAAGAGAUCAGCAGCAUAGACGACGGCAUUGGUUACCCUGACUGGCAACUGACCCUGUUCCUGUGUCUAUCUUGGUCAAUAGUUUUACUCACGCUUAUCAAAGGUGUCAAAUCCGCCGGAAAGGCAUCGUACUUUCUUGCUCUCUUCCCCUACCUGGUGAUGACGAUACUGCUGGUGCGCGCUUGUACCUUGCCGGGGGCUGUCAACGGAAUCGUGUAUUUUCUGAAACCUCAAUGGGAUAAAAUUCUGGAACCUAAGGUUUGGUACGCUGCCGUGACGCAGUGCUUCUUCUCGCUGUCGAUCUGCUUCGGAAACAUUAUCAUGUACUCCUCGUACAACAAGUUCCGCCACAACGUUCACCGGGACGCUACGAUUGUCACAUCUAUCGAUACCCUGACGUCGCUGUUAGCCGGCUGUACAAUUUUCGGCAUCCUGGGACAUCUGGCGCACGUGGUUGGCACCGACGAGGUUGGAACGGUCGUGAAACCUGGUGCUGGACUUGCGUUUAUUUCCUAUCCCGAGGCCAUCGCGAAAUUUGAUGUAGUGCCACAAGUUUUCUCGGUUAUGUUCUUCCUGAUGCUGUUCGUACUCGGCAUUGGCAGCAACGUGGCAAUGACGUCCUGUGUAAUGACCGUCAUCCGAGAUCAGUUUCCCAGGGUAAAGAAUUGGCAGGCAGCAUCCGUAAUUGCAGUUUGUGGAGUCUGCCUCGGAAGCAUUUAUGUGACACCGGGCGGUCAGUAUAUCCUUACUCUUGUAGAUCAUUUCGGUGCUUCAUUUAUAGCUCUGGUGUUGGCAAUUGCGGAACUUCUCGCCAUUGGCUGGAUCUAUGGAGUCGAGCGGUUCUGUAAGGACGUUGAAUUCAUGCUGGGAUCUCGGCCAAACAUUUACUGGCGAUUGUGCUGGCGAUGGAUAACACCAUUACUGAUGAUCGUUAUCUUAAUAUAUAGCUUAGCGACGCUGGAACCACUCACCUAUCAAGGAUAUACUUAUCCGUCGAUUGCAUAUGCCCUAGGUUGGUGUAUUUCAGCGUUUGGUCUUCUGCAGCUUCCUAUUUGGGGUUUCUAUGCGGUUUUAAAACAAGAUGGAGAAACCUUUUCGCAGAAAAUCAUGAACACGUUCCGACCGCUUCAAAACUGGGGACCAAUCGAACCAGCCCUGAACCAAGAGUACAAAAAAUUUGUCAACGAAGACUGAUGACGCAUCCGCCAAUGGAGCCGGUGCAAUAUUAUGAAAACGGUACUUUUUUAAUUCCGAAUUUCAACGGAAUGGCGUAACGGUAGACCCAAGUGUAAAAAAGUAUUACAAUCAGUGACGAUGUGAUUUCAUUGUACGAGAUAGUUUAAACUUGUGUAAAUGAUUUUAUUGAUUAAACAUUCGUAAAUAAAAUAGUUUACAAUCUUUGCCUGGAAACCCCCUGUUGUCC